GGGUGCGAGGGAGCAUGCCCGAGUCUGGCCUCGGCCAGAGAAGAGUUAAACCGAGGGGCGUGGAGCUGCCCUCCCCUUGGGGGCGUGCCCCCCUCCCCCGCUAGGCGGCUCGCCCCCGCGCUAGGGUAUGGCCCGCGGUCCCGGCCCGGGACCCGAGGUCCCAGGCACGGACCUGUGAAAGACGCCUUCCUCUUCCCUCCCUCCUCUUCCCCACGCCGGCCAGCACCAUGGGAUGUAAUAUGUGCGUGGUUCAGAAACCGGAGGAGCAGUACAAAGUGAUGCUUCAGGUGAACGGGAAGGAGCUCUCCAAGCUGUCUCAGGAGCAAACCCUAGAGGCCCUGCGAGCCUCCAAGGAGCCCCUGGUGAUCCAGGUGCUGAGACGCAGCCCCCGCCUGCGGGGGGACAGCUCCUGCCAUGACCUUCAGCUGGUGGACAGUGGCACUCAGACCGACAUCACCUUCGAGCAUAUCAUGGCGCUGGGCAAGCUGCGCCCGCCCACCCCGCCCAUGGGCAUCCUGGAGCCGUACGUCCUCUCUGAGCUCCCCCCCAUCAGCCAUGAGUAUUAUGACCCGGCGGAGUUCAUGGAGGGCGGUCCGCAGGAAUCAGAGCGUAUGGACGAGCUGGAGUAUGAGGAGGUGGAGCUGUGUAAAAGCAGCCACCGAGACAAGCUGGGCCUGAUGGUGUGCUACCGCACAGAUGACGAGGAGGACCUGGGCAUCUACGUUGGAGAGGUAAAUCCCAACAGCAUUGCAGCCAAAGAUGGCCGGAUCCGUGAGGGAGACCGAAUCAUCCAGAUUAACGGCAUGGACGUCCAGAACCGAGAAGAGGCAGUGGCCAUCCUGAGCCAGGAGGAGAACACUAACAUCUCCCUGCUGGUGGCCCGGCCUGAGAGCCAGCUAGCAAAGCGGUGGAAAGACAGCGACAGGGAUGAUUUCCUAGAUGACUUUGGCUCCGAGAAUGAAGGGGACUUUCGGACCCGGAAGCUGAAGUCACCCCCUGCCCAACAGCCUGGAAAUGAUGAGGAAAAGGGAGCUCCUGAUGGGGGCCCGGGGCUGAGCAACAGCCAGGAGCUGGACAGUGGGGUGGGUCGGACCGAUGAAAGUACUCGCAAUGAAGAGAGCUCGGAACACGACUUGCUGGGGGAUGAGCCCCCCAGCACCACCAACACCCCUGGGAGCCUGCGCAAGUUUGGCCUGCAAGGGGACGCCCUGCAAAGCCGGGACUUCCACUUCAGCAUGGACUCGCUGCUGGCCGAGGGGGCGGGGCUGGCAGGGGCUGACCUACCAGGCCUCACUGAUGAGGAGUAUGAGCGCUACAGGGAGCUGCUGGAGAUCAAGUGCCACCUGGAGAACGGCAACCAGCUGGGCAUCCUCUUCGCCCGAGCGUCCGCUGGCAACAGUGCCCUAGAUGUCAACCGCAACGAGAGCCUGGGCCACGAGAUGGCCAUGCUGGAAGAGGAGCUUCGGCACCUGGAGUUCAAGUGCCGCAACAUCCUGCGGGCACAAAAGAUGCAGCAGCUGCGGGAGCGCUGCAUGAAGGCCUGGCUGCUGGAAGAAGAGAGCCUCUAUGACCUGGCCGCCAGCGAGCCCAAGAAGCACGAGCUGUCGGACAUCUCGGAGCUGCCCGAGAAGUCAGAUAAGGACAGCACCAGCGCCUACAACACGGGGGAGAGCUGCCGCAGCACUCCGCUGCUCGUGGAGCCCCUGCCCGAGAGUCCCCUGAAGAGAGCUGCUGCUGCUGCUAACUCCAACUUGAACCGGACCCCUCCGGGCCCUCCUGGCGUUGCCCACCCCAAAGCAGCUCCCUCACCAGGGAGCCCUGCUAAGUUCCGAUCCCUCUCCAGGGAUCCCGAGGUGGGCCGGAGACAGCAUGCAGAGGAGAGAGUGCGACGCAGCCCCAAGACUGGGGUGACCCUGGAGCGCGUGGGCCCGGAAGGCAGCCCCUACCUCUCGAGGCGCCAUCGCGCCCAGGCCCAGGAGAGUGCGCACUACCACAGCUGCGUGCAGCUGGCCUCAAGCCGCGCCCUGGAGGAGCUAGGCCCCAGUUCCUUGGGCUUGGCCGCCGGCCCUCGGGUGGGUGGUGUGGUGGCCGCAGCCGCCGAAGCGCCCCGCAUGGAGUGGAAGGUGAAAGUGCGCAGCGAUGGGACCCGCUACGUAGCCAAGCGGCCUGUGCGAGACCGGCUGCUGAAGGCCCGGGCCCUGAAGAUCCGGGAAGAACGCAGUGGCAUGACCACUGACGACGACGCCGUGAGCGAGAUGAAGAUGGGCCGCUACUGGAGCAAGGAGGAGCGGAAGCAGCAUUUGAUCCGAGCCAGGGAGCAGCGGAAGCGCCGUGAGUUCAUGAUGCAGAGCCGCCUGGAAUGCCUGAGAGAGCAGCAGAACGGCGACAGCAAGCCUGAGCUCAACAUCAUUGCUCUGAGCCACCGCAAGACCAUGAAGAAGCGGAACAAGAAGAUCCUGGACAACUGGAUGACCAUCCAGGAGAUGCUGGCCCAUGGCGCUCGCUCAGCUGAUGGCAAGCGGAUCUACAACCCCCUGCUCUCUGUCACCACUGUCUGAGUUGCCCCAGCAGGAGUCUGGCCCAGGCCCUGGGAGCCUGGCCCUGCCUCAUCCAUCCUCCCUUAGAAUCUAGUGUGUGUCUGUGUGUGUGUGCUUGCACGCUGUGCUCAUGCACACUCCCGUCUUUGUAUGUGUGCACAGGACUUUGGUAAUAGAGAAGCUCCAAGAAGGGACACUUCUCUGCCAUCACUUCACUUCCUUCUCCUCAAGUAGAGAGGCCACACAGCCAGCCACCAUUGAGGUCAUACCCAUAAGGGGCACCCUUGUGUAUGUUUGUGUGUGUGCAUGCGUGACGUCCAUACCCAUGGCACACACGCAGAGCUCUUGAUGUGUAUACUUGGAGACAGGGAAGUAGGUGUAAGAGAGGUGAGGUGGACUCUACUAAGCACAAGAGAAUGUCCAGCUCUACUGCUGAGCACAGCCUCUCCCUGCCCCUGGGAGCUGCGGUUAUUUGUAGACAAAGGCAGCCCUGACUUUUGUGGUUUUUCUCCUUUUCUGUGCUUGCCAAUAGUUGUUUUUCUGUUUUGUGGACCUGCUCUGGGGGCUGGCAGCUCCUUCAGGCAGCCUGACAAAGGUGAACCCCACCAAUUGCUGGCUGGGAAGGAGGUUGGGGGG